AUGGCAGCGAGGGACCGUUUCGGUGCCUACGCUGAGCCGGGCUUAACACCGCUGCAACGGGCUGUUCGAAAUGCCUGCGACUUGUCGCACUACGAACCCAACCUCGCCCUGAACCUUGAAGUGGCCGAUCUGAUCAACUCCAAGAAAGGCAAUGCACCCCGCGAAGCUGCCAUCGAAAUCGUCCAUCUAAUCAACUCGCGGAAUCAGAAUGUGGCGUUACUAGCAUUGGCGAUUAGCACUAAAGAGUUUCUGAAUGAGCUGGUUCGUCGAUUCCCCGAGCGCCCGCAGCUGCGGCCGACUCGGGUGCAACAUCGCAUCCUCGAGUCCAUUGAGGAGUGGAGACAAACGAUCUGCCAGACGUCGCGGUACAAGGAGGAUCUAGGCCAUAUUCGUGAUAUGCAUCGGCUGUUACUCUACAAAGGUUAUGUAUUUCCGGAGAUUCGCCAUGAGGACGCGGCCGUCUUGAACCCGAGUGAUAACCUGCGGUCUGCGGAGGAGAUGGAAGAGGAGGAGAAAGAGGCCCAGUCGGCUAAAUUGCAGGAGCUGAUUCGUAGGGGUACGCCUGCGGAUCUGCAGGAGGCUAAUCGUCUGAUGAAGGUCAUGGCCGGGUACGACAACAGACACAAGACUGAUUACCGGGCUAAGGCGGCGGAAGAGGUCGCCAAGGUGCAGCAGAAGGCGAAGAUCUUGGAGGAAAUGCUACAGAGUCACCAGCCUGGCGACCCGGUCGCGGAGGGUGAUGUGUUCGAGGAACUGGCUGGGGCGCUGCAGAGUGCCCAUCCCAAGAUCCAGAAGAUGUGCGAGGAGGAGUCGGAUGAUCCGGAGGCGGUUCACAAGUUGCUCGAGAUCAAUGACAGCAUACACCGGACCAUUGAGCGGUACAAGCUUGUCAAGAAGGGCGACUGGGAAGCCGCCACACGGAUCCCCAAGGGCACAUUGGGCACGACAACAGGUGUAUCGAAGAACGCAAACAACCAGCUGUCGCUUAUCGACUUUGACCCGGAACCUCCUGCAAGUGCUAGUACGAACGGCAACGGUGCGCCGGCCGCGACCGGAGGCAGUUCAUUGGAGAACGACUUGCUGGGGCUGUCAAUAGAUGAGCCCGCUCCGGCCCUGGGUGGUAUCUCGUUAGGACCAUCGAUCACGACCACUGCUACACCGCCAGUGCCGCAGGCUCCUGGUGGUUUCAAGCCGAACUACGACAUCCUGUCCUCGCUGGGCAGCUCUCAACCGCCAUCGCAGUCAGCCACUCCGGUGCCAAGUGCACGACCUCAGAGCAUCGUCGCGACGCCCACUCCCCCACCGGCUGUCGACCCAUUCGCUUCGCUGGUCUCCGCUAGUCCCCGGCAUGCCAGUCCCCUCCCGUCUGGAGGAUCUGCAGCCGGCCAUGCAGCCGCUGGGGGGUCCUUGCUCGAUCUGGCAGGAAGCGGACCGACGCAACCGGUUGGCAGCAGCGGCAAGGCGGCGGAGGAGGACGAAUGGAACUUUGCAUCGUCGCUGCCGGAGAGCAACACGCUACCGAGCACCAACCGGGUGUCGGUAUUGAAUUCGGCACUCCGAAUUGAAUUUGUGGCGCGGCGACACCCCCAGCAGUCGCAGCAAAUCCAUGUGGUGGCCCUGUUUUCGAAUGGCACGAGCCAGCCACUGAACGAACUACACUUCCAGUUGUGUAAAGUUCCCUCCGCUUCCCUUUGGACAGCGCACGGAAACCAACGGACGGAAGAGGAAGAAGCUAAACAAUUCCCACAGGCGUACACGUUGCAACUCCGCCCGCAGUCCGGGCGGGACAUUGGACCGCUGCAGAACAACGGGGUGCAGCAGGAGAUGCUCAUCUCCGGGGUAGCGGGGGGUAAGGGCAACUCGAUCAAGAUGCGGUACCGAGUGUCAUACCGGGUGGGUAGUGAGCACAAAGAGGAGCAGGGGAUGGUGCCGUCGUUGGGUAUAGCCUGA